UUAAUGAAGAAUUCUUGAAGGGUAUCCGUGUAAGUAAUUGAUUUGCAUUACAUAUUUGCAAUUCUAAUGAGGUAGCAAUGUAGUAAUAAGAUAAAGGUUGUCAUCAGGUUGUCAUUUUUCACCAGCACAAAGCAGUGACUCUGGGGGGAAUCUGGGAAGUGUAUGUGCGAAAAACUAUGUGCCCCAGUUUUUAUUGAUGUAGCAAGGCUACAGGUUUUAGGACUUGUAGUCUUGUGGGGAGUCCAUAGCAGCAUAAGAGGUGAAGGAUUAGGACUGUGCCUAUGGCAUAUGUGCUUUUAAAACACUUUGGAAGAGCAAAGCAUUAAAAAUCAGCACAUAUCAGGGAACACUAUGCUAACAUUAUGUUUUCCACUGAAAAAAAUCUGGCACCUACCUGGCAAUGUGCCAAUUAUGAACUUUUGGCACAGAAUUAAGAGGUAACUCUCAGUACUGAACACUUCAAACCAGGGCUUACGUUGGGUGACGUGGGCAGCUUUAACUAAUAAUAUACAAACAUCUGGAAUCCUGGGCAGAGGUCGAGUCCCUGUGUGGGUGCUAGUAUUACUUUGAGUUUAUCAGCUUACUCCUGUGUAUGUAGCACCCUUUUUUGAUACUUGUUUUUCUUCACUACAGGACAGUAAUUGAAAAGGUUUUCAAAACCUUUCAGCAUCAACCAAACAAGACAAUGGUAUAAAAGAAGUUGGAAAAGGAAUUGUAAGUGUUAAAGAAAACAUGGGGUUUGUAGCAUUUGGAAACAGAGGAAUUAAAUGCGUUGGCAUAUGAGAGUGUCACUUGCUAUACUCAGAUAUUACUAAUUGAAUAUCUAACCACAUACUGAAAGUCACAAGUGCCUGAGGAACAGUAAAACUUGCAUGUGUUUUCCAGCCUGGUACAGUUAGGGCAGUGGAAAACGUUUUCAACACCUUUAAUGUGUUCUCUCUUUUUUUCAGGAGCCAGGGAGAUGAAGGACUUACCUCCCUCAUCUCAAAACUCCCUUUGCUGCUAUUUCUCUUUUUUUUUUUUCCUUCAAAUGUUCACAUACCCAUGUUAAUUAAUUUCUAACAUAAUUAAAAUAAAUGGUUUUAGCUAAUUAUCAUUAGUUUGUUUGGUUUUUCCCCUCGGUGUGGAAGCGUGAGAAUUAAGUAUAAGAACAGAGAAGACUGCAAGUGUCUUAGGUCCUUCACCUUUCUGUUUGGUUUCUUUUGGUUGCUUGUCUUUCUUUUGUGACUAGGCCAAAUUUUCAAAUGCUGUCUCUUAAACAGAACAUCAAAUUGCCACUUAAAUUCCACCUGGCUUGCAGGGUAGGAGUGGGUAUUGACUAUAUUCUCUGCUUUGUUUUUGUUCUUGAACAGAAACCACUGUUAGACAAUGACCAUUCCUCUUUCAAGGUAGGCCGAAUUGUAAGGCUUCAGGAUUGCAGGUGCAUUUUAAAGGCCUGUAUAAUUCUUUCAUUAAUUGAACAUACUGUUAAAGAGCUGGUACUUGAAAAUUGUAUCUAUAGAAAGAAUUUGAUCAUAUCAGUUUUCUGCCUUCCUUAAAAUUACUUUUGAUGGUGUGAUUAUCAUAUGUAAAUGUGAUUUAUAUGUACUAAUGUGAAAGUAUUUUCAGCCCUAAAAGCACAAGACUUUCUUUCCAGAAAGUUUUGCUAGUUCUUUAUUGUGAAUACAUACAAAUCUUUUUCAUAAAUCAUGUAAUGGUAUUUGUAGAUACUCAAUGUUCAAUGAUUCACUUUAGUCACUAAGCAGUUUAUAUGUUUUACUGAUUUAUUUUACGUAAGUUUUCCCUUUUCUGGAUUUUAAUGUGCAGUGUAGAGCUUACAGUAUCCUAGGGAAUAUCCAAGUAUUUUUACUCCAUUUUCAUAGAACAAAAGUGUUUCAAAUGGCUUAUGCUUUUGACUGUAUUGCAAAGCACUUCUGUUAUUUCCUCGUGAUGGUAACUGCUAAAGUAAUAUUCUCUGCCUAUUGUUUGCAGUAUGCUAAAUGUGUGAUUUUUGGCAUUGUGAUUUAAGCACAAUCCUGCAAAUUGUUCACUUGGCAUGGGGCUGGAAGAAGUUAAUUCCAGAUUAAAAUGUGCUCGUGGUGGCAGAUUUAUGAGGAUUAGCCUAAUUGUCUAAAUGAAAACUCAUUCCAUUCCUGUAUAUUCUUUAACUCUACAUUUACAUGACAUAACUCUAGGCUGAACUUGUUAUUUCUUUCCUCUAAAUAUGAUCAUAAACACCAAAUUUGGAUUUCAGUCUUAACCUUUAACGUUCUUACUCUGAUGCAGUGCUUUUGCAUUAGGUUAGUCUUUAAAUGCUGAACAGUAUGUUGAAGGCCUACUUUACCUACUUUUGGUCUGAUGAAUUUUUAUACCUGUAUUCUGAUUUCAGUAGCUAAAAAGAAAGACAUCAGUUGUCAGUGGGCAUAGCUAAUAGCUAAAAAAUCCAUUUUUAGUCAUCUGCAAAUAGGAGUCACCUGGUUUUCCCCAGAGACACUAGAAAUCACUUCAUCAAGCACAACUGCUUCUAUGACAGGUGACAUUAUCAUACAAACUUCUGUCUUCUGAUCAAGCUUGCUUUUGAAAUCAGUUCUCAUCGUUCUGCUACCACCCCCUUAGUACUGGAGUUCAUCUGCUUCUUCGAGAGCCUUAUUUAGGUUCCCAUACUCACUGUUUGUCCAAAUUGCCCUUCACAUAGUUCCCCCAUCCACAGACAUUCACCCUGAAGUAUUAAUCAGGUUACUUUCCAGCUGUUCUUUCAUAAACUAAGCAGGGCCAGGUCUUUUGUAUAAAUAGGGGAAGUGACAAAAAUCUAAAAGGAAUACAGUAAAUAAGUGCAUCUGCUUGGUUUAGAUGCUUAUUUUCUUUCAGACAUGCAAACUUAUACACAUAAUCACUCCUGGUAUUUAUACUAAAAUCAAGCUGCUUGUAGUUAAAAAUAGAAGAUAUUAUGAAAUUAAACCAUGAGAUAAAAGCAACAUCAUAGCCAUGUUUUAAUGUAGUUUAAACAAAUCUACACACCUAAAGACUACCCCUUUAGUACUUAUGGAACUGAUUUUUGCAGUUUAUUGACAAGGAAAUAAGUUUUAGCAGCUAAUGAAAGGAAUUAAACUCAGCUUGCAAACUCGUAUUUAGGGAAGGCUAUGGAACAAAAUAUGUGCAUAUGCAAUACCUGACAUUAAGAGCUAUGUGCCUAGUCCUGUUGACACCAAGGAAGAAUGAAUGUCCUGUGUUCCCAUCACUUUUCAAAAGGAAAAAUACAUGUGCCAAAUAUUUGACUGUGGUUGACUGCAGAUGCUAGAAAAGGUGGGUGAUACUACAGCAUAUAGGUGCAAUUGGCAUUGUAUGAAGUUUUGCAUAACUGAUUGUGCAUGGUACAGUUUCUGUCUGUAUCUAUCUUAGGUAUUUACAAGGCAUCUGUCACCUUGGUGUACCUAAGCAGUUUGAAAAAUGCACCCACCCCAGGAGGCAUGAUGCAGAUACAGGCAGAGGCCCAGGUCCAGAGCAGCAGAGGCAGGUCCCAGGAAGCUCCGCAACUGUGUUACCGCUGUUGUUGAGCUCCUGGCCACUUGUUGUGGCCAAGGAACAUCUCCACCUACCUGUCAGCAGGAAGACGGUACCCCACCCCUCACGUCCAGCUCCACUGGUGGGGAACCUGGAAAGGAAAGAUAAUGGAAAAGGCAACGAUCCAGUAGCAGAGGUGAAACAGAAAUGGUGGGAUUUCAAAAGGAGGGAUUCUUAAAGAGCAGCACAUCUCAGGGGAGGGAUCAGCUGCCAGUCCAAGUGGCAGAUGUCACUGGGGAACAAGAUGGGGAGGUUCCUGGAUCCUCGGGGCAAGCUGGCCAUCACCGAGGGAGCUCGCUGUCCACACCGGCUGAAGAACAGGAAUCCUCGGUGCCUGCCUCUGACGAAGACUCGCCAGCCAGGACCACAGAGAGCUGGCAGUGGCCGUUGUCCUCGUCUGAAACGCACAGCAACGUUGGGGAGGAUUUUGAGGGAUUUCAAACGCCAGCGCGGACUCCGGAGUGUACCAUGGACAUACAGUCUCCCGGGGAUCAGUCACUCAGUAGGACUCCUCAGUUUGAAAGUGACUCUCCUGAGGAGGAGGGAAAUGAUGAAAUGAAUGAAGAGCGCUGCGGUGUUGAGCCUGUCCCUAGGGAUCGGGGUUGGAGAGGGCAGCCCCAGCUAACAGAGGGAGAGAAGCUGUUGAUGGAAACCAACAGUAGGAUUGUGCAGCUGCUGGAAAAUAUCAAGAGGGAGCAUGCACAGUCCAUGGGUCUCAUGUCACAGUCCAUGGGCCGUAUGGAGCUGCAGCUGGGCAUUGUGGCUACCUCCACAAGAGCCAUCCAUAACUACCUGUCAGAGAUUUUAGCUUUUCUCAAGCAGCCAAGGACGCAGGUCCUUGAAACACGCAUCUCCCAAAGAGCCACCCCCCAUGUCGAGUUAACCUGUGCCUCGACAUGGACUGGUGAGGACGCAGUGGCAUCCUCCACUGUGUGCUUACCAGGGGCCGAAGGGACGAGCGACUCUCGAGAACCACCGCAGGCCACGCUGCCUUGUCGCAGUGGCCGGCUGCAGAGAGCCAUAACCGAGAGGGCCUCGUUGCCCAUGCCUACACGCCAGGCAAAAGGGGGAGGGAAGAAAAAAUAACCACACCAUAGGAUUUUUAGGGUUUUUUUUAAUGUGCCUGUCCUUUUAAUUCUUAGCCAUAAGGCCAUCAGUGGCAGAAUUCAACCAUUUCCUACAUUGGCUAACAUUGUAUUCUGGCUGACUAGAUUAGUCUAACAUUUUGUAGUUUCUAUUUGCACUGUUAACAAUGUGUGCUGCUGGUAUUUGAAGAACAUUUGCCUCUGUUCUUUCACUUUAACUUCAUACGAGCAUUUUUUUACUCUGUGCCAGGCAUUCAUUGCUUUUCUUACAAAUACAAGUCAUUUCUUGA